UUUCCGUGCGCUUAACGCCAGCCUGUUGGUUGUUGGUGCUGCUGCUUUUCAACCCUGUGAAAAAUGUUAUCCGCUAUUUGGUGUCGGCGUUGUGGUCGCAAAUUUAACCCGAAAAAAACAAAACCCCAGCCUGUUUGAGUGGAUCGGAUACUUCCUAAGACUCGAGAAGGACUGUGUGAUGAUCUGAGGCACUGGAGUCUGCCCUCCCUCUGUGGACAUAAAAGUGUCCUCACACCCAUCAGUCAUGUCACAGUCUGAGUCCUCUGUGGGCGACUGGCUAGGUGUUCUUCAUCUGGGGCAGUAUUCGGAGGCAUUUAGGAAUGCCGGCCUGGUAACGUUACAACAAUGCCGCAACCUCACACCAGAUCAGUUGGAGCGGAUCGGCAUCACCCUGUCAGGUCACAGGAGGCGCAUCCUGGCUAGCCUGACCAAAACGCACAGUACCACUGGCACAAAAUCUGAUACACAAUCUCACCUCGCACAGUCUGAGAGAGAUCAGAGAUCAGAAGACACGAGACCUGCUAAAAUGUUGCAGAGAGAAAGACCUGUGCCAGUCCCGGUGGAAACUAAACCUGUUCUUAAGGAAAGAGAGAAAAAAGAUAGAGAUUCAUUCCAGCCUACGCCCAAGGAAAGAGAGAGACCGGUCCCCAGGGGGAGACAAGUGUCCAGGAUGACAGAGGAAAGUGGAGAAGGAGCAGAGAUGAUGCCAAUUCCUGUACAAAGACAAACAGCACCCAGGGGAGGAGGAGAAGAGAGUGAUGAAAGGAAAGACGGAGAGAGAGAGAAGCCUGUGCCUAAAGAAAGGACUAAGUUUCGCUCCAGUGCUCCAGCGGACUGUCAGACCAGCCCCCUCGUUUCCACACCUUCUGAAAUCCCUCUACCCCCUGUCCCCCCACGAAGCACUCCCAACUGCCCCCCACAGCGCUUCACCUCCCCUUCUGCAUGUACCCCUCCAUCACCCAGACUGGACCAACACGAUGUAAAAGCCCCCUCUGCACAGAGCAGAUCCGUGUCCAGAGGCUCCACCCCAACCAGCACCCCUACCCAUACCCCCACACAUACCCCUCUCAACCCUCCAAGCUUCCCCUCUGUUACAACUAGGCCGCAAACGUUAGCCAUUCACUCGCCUGCCCAACAUGUGGGAGGUGAUGGAGGAGGAAUAGCUUCACCUGCGUCCCCCAGCAGUGACAGAAACGCUCCACCUCUUCCUCCCAAAACAGGACGAACUAAAGGCCCUCCUCCAGUCCCUCAGCGGUUUCCUGCACAUUCUCCCAGGAAGACCAGCCCCUCUCCUCCACUCCCCGCCAAGACGAUCUCCGAUGAGUUACAGAAAGAACAAACUCCUCUGGUCCCACCUCGCAUCCGGACACCCCAAAUCCAAGAAAACACACAACAGUCAACUCAAGCGGACACUCACCCAGGUGUGUCUGAAAAGAGGUUGUCGCAACCUCCGCCUAAUUCCAGGUUGGAUUCACUCGAUGAUGACUCUGACAACUACGAGGAUCCAGACUUGUUUUACUCCGCUGUUCAUCGCAUAAACACUCCAGACAGGGAUAUGUCCCUACAAGUACCCGGUCUGCCAAAGGGACGGUACAGCUCUUUGUGUAGUGACGAUGAGCAGCUAGAUGAUGAUGAGUCCACCCUAUGGCAGGAUGAAGUCCUGAGCAACUUGCAAGGCAGCGUCUACCUGCCAAAGUCCGGCAGACUGGCUCAGACAGCCAAAGAGGACAACUCUCAGCUCGCUGCUGUCAUCAAGAUGGGCUGGCUGGACAAGAAUCCACCCCAGGGGGCCCUUUAUUAUCAGAGGCGAUGGGUAAAGUUGGAUGUUGACUACCUGAGAUACUUCGACAAUGACAAGGAGGUGUAUUCUAAGGGCAUCAUCUCUACUGCCUUCGUCACUAAUGUGAGCAGUGUGGGAGAGCUGAAGUUUGAGGUCGUCACUAACAACCGGACAUUUAUCUUCAGAGCUGAAACUGAAAAUGAGAGAAACGACUGGGUGACUGUACUGCAGGACUGCACCAGGGGGCGCCAGACACGCAACACCAUGUGCCCUGGCUCACCUUUGGCCCCAGACUAUCAGGGCCAUCUGGAGCUAAGGGGGUUACGCUCCAAACUUUAUACUGUUGUCGCCUUAGAUAAAGUAUUCCUUUACAAAAACAUUGAGGACUAUCGGAUAGGAGUUGGUAUCACAUCCAUUGAGAUGAACGUAGGAAAUGUUAAAGAAACCGAUCGCCGUACCUUUGAUCUCACCACACCUUACCGCAUAUUCAGCUUCAUCGCAGAGUCUGAGAUGCUGCGGGAGCAGUGGGUGGAUGCCAUGCGGGAUGCGAUAGGUGAGGCCUUGUCGAACAGCGAGGUGGCCGAUCGGAUAUGGGUGGAGCCUAGCAACAGUGUUUGUGCUGACUGUGGGGCUCUAAAGCCUGAAUGGGCUGCCAUCAACCUGUGUGUGGUGAUCUGCAAACGAUGCGCAGGAGAGCACAGAGGUCUGGGUCCAAGCAUCUCAAAAGUUCGCAGUCUGAAGAUGGACAGGAAGGUUUGGACAGAGGAGCUUGUACAGGUGUUCCUCCUGCUAGGUAACCAGCGGGUAAACAGUUUCUGGGCAGCGAACGUCCCACCAAGUGAAGCCUUAUCUCCUUCAAGCUGCAAUGAAGAGAGACGACGCUUCAUCACCAACAAGUACCGCCAGGGCAAAUACAGGAAGUACCACCCUUUGUACGGAAACCAGAGAGAGCUCAACAAUGCUCUCUGUAUAAGUGUGCAGUGCAGUGAUGUUCUGGAGACGUUGAGCCUGGUCUUCUGCGGUGCAGAUGUAAAUUGUUCAACUGGUAUGGCAAGUUGUCCCUCCCCUCUCUCCCUGGCCAGCGCACACUCACAACUCCUGCAGGCUGAGUUAAUCAGCCACAAUCUCAACACAGAGCUGCCGCGGUCAGAGGUGGGCGGGGACAUGGAGGCGCUACAUUACUUACCACAACCUUGUGUGUCUCACAAUGGCUUCCUGUUCAAGACUGCAUCCAUGGCUCGGGCUAUCACAGAGCGCAAGUCCAGAGAGGAGUUCAGUCGUCGCUGGUGCACGCUGAAUGAUGGCACCUUCAGCUACUAUGAGAGUGACAAAAACUCAAACCCUAACGGCGCUCUGAAGGCUUCAGAGAUCGUCUGCCUGGCUGUUGAUGCCCCUGAGAAACAUGGGUAUGUCCACGCCUUUGAACUCUACUCGGAGUCAGAGCGUAUUUACCUGUUUGGCACUGAUGACCCAGACAGCCACAAGGAAUGGGUCAAGUCUAUUGCUAAGAGCUUUAUCCCAGCCUCUGCAGAGCCUCUACUGAGGUUGGGUUUUGAGCGGAUUGGGCGCCUGAAGUGUAAAGACGGCUUGAACCUCCAAACAUCCAAGGUCGGGUGGUUUGCUCUGGUGGGCUCCACACUUCACGUUUACCUGUCAGACAGCCAUGGAGAGGAGAUCCACCUCCGCAAACUCAAUGAACUCUCAAUUCAGCAAGACAAUGAGGUGCUGGUGCUGGUAGAGAGGGGAAGAACUCUGUACAUCGAGGGAGAGAGGAAGUUGGACUUUGCCGGAUGGUGCGCAGCCAUCCAGGCAGCCGCAGGGAGUGGAGGAGACACACUGAGCCAGCAGCAGCUGACAGAGACAGACAUCCCGGUCAUAGCACACAGCUGCAUCGGCUACAUCACACAAUGCGGCUUGACAUCCGAGGGGAUCUACCGUAAGAGCGGUGUGAACUCCCGUGUGGCGGCACUGUGCGAGAGAUUCCGCCAGGAUGCUCGCAGUCUACGUCUGAGGGAAGGAGAGCACCAGGUGGACGACGUCUCCACGACACUGAAACGCUUCUUCAGGGACCUCGAGGAGGGACUGUUCACAUCCGAGGAUUCCAGAGCCUGGCUCGGUGCUGCUGCCAUUCAGGAUGAAAGUACCAAAAUCUCCCAGUACCAGCUGCUGUUGAAGAGACUGCCUCGUGUCAACAAGGCGACACUACAAGCCCUUAUCAACCACCUCUAUUGCGUCCAGCGUUUUUCUGAGCUGAACCAGAUGAACCUUCAUAACCUGGCCAUAGUGUUCGGCCCCACGCUGUUUCAGACUGACGGGAAGGACUACACUGCUGGCCGCGCCAUAGAGGACCUCAUACAGCACUACACGCUCAUCUUUGAGGUGGAUGAGCAGCAGCUAAAGAAGCAGCUAGAGGAGAUUACAGUUAUCAUCAGGGUGCGGGAGAAACUCAGCGUGAAGUUUCCUAGCACUGAACCGGGAGGUCACUUCAUCUGCACUGUUUACCUGGAGGAGAAGAAGGAGACCGCAGAGCAACAUGUCAAGAUCCCUGGUUCUAUGACAGCAGCAGAGCUGAUCUGUGAGGUUCUGGACCGGCGUAACAUCCCAGUUAAAGACAAAGACUACUGGAGCUGCUGGGAGGUCAGCGACAAGGAAGAAAUGGAGCGUCCGCUGCACUAUCAGGAGAGAGUGUUGCCCAUCCUUCACUCCUUUGGCACUGACUCCCAUCUCCUCAUCAAGAAGCACCUCGCUAUGGACAUGAUGACCGUCUAUCUAGCCAGUAAAGUGGAUGUGUCCAAACACGGGAAUAUGAAAUUCAGAGAAGAGCGAAGCAUUUUGGGAUUAGGACUAUCAUCUGGAAGUUUCCACGACAGAUAUUUCAUCCUCAAUUCCACCUCUCUUAGGAUGUACAAGGAAAUCAGAAGUAACCGAGCAGAACGCGAAUGGCCGGUGAAAAACCUGAAGGUGUACCUGGGUAUAAAGAAGAAACUUCGUCCUCCUACAUGUUGGGGGCUCACAGUAGUGUAUGAGAGCAAGAAACAAGAGAAACCAGAGAAGCAGCAGUGGUAUCUCUGCUGUGACACGCAGUCAGAGAUGAGGGAGUGGUACGCCACUUUUCUCAGCAUCCAGUACGAUGGAGACGUGUGGCCUCAAGACGGACUCAAGCAGAUGCAGGUGAACCGUGAAUUGACGACGGACACGCGUCAUGGUAACGUGUCACUGAUUCCGCUGCGUGGCAGUGAGAAUGAGAUGCGGAACAGCGUAGCAGCUUUCAGCCAAGACCCGCUUGCUCUUUUUAGAGACGUCCGGUAAUCUUCGUAAAAACACAGGGAGGCCUGUCCGCAUCAACUUCCCAGCAUCCAAGUGACAUCAUCAUUCUGUGACCAUGAGGACCUGAAUGACAGACACUCUAUUAGGAUUACAGCUGUUUGCUCCUCUGAAUAAGAAGCGGACCACAAAGCAAUCGGACGACAGGAUCUCAUUUAAAAUAUAACCUCCACUGGGUUUCCCUGCACAGAUGAAUUUUACUUGACUUGAUGUACAGAAAAGGACGGUUCAAUGAACUACAAUCAGGCUGAGAUUUUCUGACUCGCAUCAUGCACAAAAUGCAGGAAGACUGCGUCUCACAUUCCACUGUUUCCACGGGCCAGUGGCAUUUGCCUCAAUCACUGCGUUGCAUUAUGGGACACAUGCAUGAACGACAUGCUGAGAGAAACAUUCAUUUCUGUUUCAGAAAAGAGCUAUUGUAGUCUAGUUAUCCUAGGCAGUAGAAGAAAUGCUCAGCUAUGUUUUUUAAUAGAAGAUUGAAGUUAUUGACUCGCAGUCGUUGCUGAAUGUGGAUUUAAAAUGUUUCAUUCCUUUUAGUUUUUUAUGUACUUUUGCUCAAACAUUGGUCUUGGAAGCAAAGCUGAUGUCGGAGAAGACUGUGACCUGAUUAUGUCCAGAGUUGGUUCCGGAGGGACGAGGAUGAGGACUGAGAAAGAGAGAGAGUGAGAAGUGCCAUCUAUCCGAUGGAUUCUUGUUACUCUGCAGGACCUUUGCCAGUACUGUUCAAACCUCGCUAAGAGGGUCUAAUGUGUUGCUUGUGUCAAUUUGUCUACAGCACCAGUAUGUGUGAAUGUGUAAAUGUGUGUUUAUGAAAUGUUGCUUUAUGAUACCCUCUCUUUUGGUGAGAGAAAGACGAAAAGGAGAUGCAAGUGUUGAGAAAUACAUGUUCUUAAGUUUAAAGGAAGAAAGUCACAGUCGGGGGACUUUAACAAGAAUAGAUGGUAGAAGUUGCAGUUGCCCCAAAUAAAUCAGUGCCUCUUGUAUAGGUAACAUUUUAAACCAGUAUGACUUAGAUACACUGUCUGUAAUAUUGUCUGUCAUAUUGCUUUCUUUUUCUUCUGCUCUACAUUCCUAAGCUCCGCCCCCUCUCUCUGUACACCCUUUAUUAAAGCCUGUGAUAAUAAGAGGUAAUAUACUGUACAUAUAUGGGCAGUUUUGUCAUUAACCAGCAGUAUUUAUAAAGUUUUACAGUGUGGAUUAGUCACAUGGGAAUAAACAAUUUUCAUUAUGCCCAACAGAAUCUUUGCAGCUGUAAAUUGCUAAAGUUUGUCCAUUAAAACCCAAACAUGGCAUAAACGUUACAUUAAAAGAAUCUGUGAUUAACGUGGAUCAUAAUCUAUUA